AUGGUCAAAAAACUCUCGUUCAAAGGCGACAAGAAGACAAAGAAGCCCAAGGCAAGCUCGUCCAAGGGCAGCGACAAAAAACGACCCAGAAUCGACCCAGUUGAAGACGAUCAGGCAGCGGGAUGGAUCUCGGCCAAAUCGUCAGAAGAAUUCCAUGGACCCACUUUGUUGGUGACUACCAGUGAAGGCAAGCCAUGCUGUUUUGUGUAUGAAAAUAGCGGCGACGCAGAAGACAAAACCCACUCUCCUACAAUGGCAGUAUCAUUCGACCUCGAUACAGUUGACAAGAGUCUCGACACAGCUGAACCGACAUCUACACAGCAAGUUCUCCUUCUCUCGCCGUUGGAAUUCGACACAAAUAAACGGACAAUUGAUAUCGACGAGACGGUGGCGAGGUUUGCUCUCAAAGUUCCGUCUCUGGGCGUCUUUCUGGGCGUGGAUAAGGCUGGAGUAGUCUCGCUGGACAGUGUUGCCAUCGGUACUCCGCAGCAGUUUACUUUCAAAAGAGAAAAAGGCGACGCGGGGGUUUCGUGGACGAUAAAAACGUCCUAUGAUGCUUAUAUUGAGAUCAAGAACGGUAAGAUCAACCUUACUGAAGAUGGAGCAAAAGCAUCAAAGUUCACAGUAAGACUUCAAUCGUCUCACAGAAAGAAGACCACGGCCGAAAAACAGGCGGUGACAUACUAUGCCAUGAGUACAAAGGCCCUGGAGGAGCGUGCUGGAAGAUCUCUUGAUCCUGAUGAGGUUGUCAAGUUGAAGAAGUCUAACAAGGAGGGUAAUCUGAACGAGGCCUUGUUGGACCUGAGACAGAAAGGCAAGAGUGAUACGUAUUGCUAG